AUGAAUUAUUUGUCAAUCAAUAUAAAUGGAGUGUCCUCUGUUAGUAAGGGCAAUUGGGUGAAGAAGCUUAAAAGGAAUCUGAAAGUGGAUGUUAUCGGUCUUCAAGAGACCCAUCGGUCGGGCUUGUCGGAAAAAAAUCUUCGAUGUUUCUGGGAUUACACCAAGUUAAAAGUUGCUACGGUUGACUCAGUUGGAAGAUCAGGGGGUUUGGCUUUGCUUUGGAACCCAGACCGGUUUAGUGAUGAUUUAAUGUUGAAAAAUCAACGGUUUCUUUUGGUUUCGGGUUUUAUGGCUGGAGUUGAGGAAAGGUUGAAUUUGAUUAACAUUCAUGCGCCUAAUGAAGCCAGAAAUCGAAGGAUUCUUUGGGCUGACCUUCUGAAUUUGAUGUCCCAGAUGGAAGGUAUGUGGGUUUUAUUUGGAGACUUUAAUGAUGUUCGAGACGAAUCCGAAAGAGUUAACUCAAACUUUGAUAGGGGAGCUGCUGAGUCCUUUAAUGAAUUUAUUUCCAGCGCUGGUCUUUUCGAAUUUGCUAUGUCUGGGGGUAAGUUUACAUACAUCUCUGGUCACGCUAAUGUUAAAUUCAGCAAAUUAGACAGAUUCUUAGUGUGUGAGUCUUUCUUAAAUCGAUGGCCGGCUGCCAAAGCUGAAGUUCAUGAUAGAGGGGCUUCUGACCACUGCCCUAUUUCUCUGAAUUGCAAUCCGCUCGAUUAUGGCCCAAUUCCUUUUAAAUUGUUCAAUUCUUGGCUGGAGGACCAAAGGAUGGGUAGUAUAGUUCAAAGUGUGUUAGAUGCUCCGACCUUCGGGGGUAGAUACGAUGAGCUCUUGGCCUACAUUCUUAAAAAUAUUAAAGCAGAGAUAAAGAAAUAG